AUGGACGACAUUUUCACUCAGUGCCGGGAGGGCAACGCGGUUGCGGUCCGCCUGUGGCUGGACAACACGGAGAACGACCUCAACCAGGGGGACGAUCAUGGCUUCUCCCCCUUGCACUGGGCCUGCCGAGAAGGCCGAUCUGCUGUGGUCGAAAUGCUGAUCAUGCGGGGGGCACGAAUCAAUGUGAUGAACCGUGGGGAUGAUACCCCUCUGCACCUAGCAGCCAGUCAUGGGCACCGUGAUAUUGUACAGAAGCUGCUGCAGUACAAAGCUGACAUCAAUGCGGUGAAUGAGCAUGGGAAUGUGCCCCUACACUAUGCCUGUUUCUGGGGCCAAGAUCAGGUGGCAGAGGACCUUGUGGCGAAUGGGGCCCUUGUCAGCAUCUGUAACAAGUAUGGAGAGAUGCCUGUGGACAAAGCCAAGGCACCCCUGAGAGAGCUGCUCCGAGAGCGGGCAGAGAAGAUGGGCCAGAAUCUGAACCGUAUUCCAUACAAGGACACAUUCUGGAAGGGGACUACCCGCACUCGGCCCCGAAAUGGGACUCUGAACAAACACUCCGGCAUUGACUUCAAACAGCUCAACUUCCUGGCGAAGCUCAACGAGAAUCACUCUGGAGAGCUAUGGAAGGGCCGCUGGCAGGGCAAUGACAUUGUCGUGAAGAUGCUGAAGGUUCGAGACUGGAGUACAAGGAAGAGCAGGGACUUCAAUGAAGAGUGUCCCCGGCUCAGGAUUUUCUCACAUCCCAACGUGCUCCCAGUGCUCGGUGCCUGUCAGUCUCCACCUGCUCCUCACCCCACCCUCAUCACACACUGGAUGCCAUACGGAUCCCUGUACAACGUGCUACAUGAAGGCACCAAUUUCGUUGUGGACCAGAGUCAGGCUGUGAAGUUUGCAUUGGACAUGGCAAGGGGCAUGGCCUUCCUACACACACUAGAGCCCCUCAUCCCACGACAUGCACUCAACAGCCGUAGUGUAAUGAUUGAUGAGGACAUGACUGCUCGAAUCAGUAUGGCCGACGUCAAGUUCUCCUUCCAGUGCCCCGGGCGCAUGUAUGCACCUGCCUGGGUGGCUCCUGAAGCUCUGCAAAAGAAGCCUGAAGACACAAACAGACGCUCAGCAGAUAUGUGGAGUUUUGCAGUGCUUCUGUGGGAACUGGUGACACGUGAGGUACCCUUUGCUGACCUCUCCAACAUGGAAAUUGGAAUGAAGGUGGCAUUGGAAGGCCUUCGGCCUACCAUCCCACCAGGCAUUUCCCCCCACGUAUGUAAACUCAUGAAGAUCUGCAUGAAUGAAGACCCUGCUAAGCGGCCCAAGUUUGACAUGAUUGUGCCUAUCCUGGAGAAGAUGCAGGACAAGUAG